AUGGUGGUCAUUUCUUUCAAGUAUCCACGCGCGACCGGUGGAAGUAAUGCCCUCUCCGAAGCCGUUCCCCUUCCCUGGGACCCCGACCACAUGGUGAGGCAAGUGCUGGAUGUCUACAAAGCUCUGCUCAUCUGUCGCCUUGACCCGGAGUGGCGUGGUGAUGAUGGUGGUGUUUAUGUCGGGCGUGGGGACGUCCACACCACGUGCUCAGUCUUCUGCGAGUCAUACCGGGAUACUCUGGAUCGUCAGGGA